AACGCGAUACGUCGCGGAGAAGACUGCCGCUAGUGCACGCUUGUUCACAUCUUCUUCGUACCGCUGUCACGCAAUCACCCUUCCGUGCACAAAGCUAACGAUCGCGCUCGUUAUCGGCGAUGAUAUAUAUGCGUACGCCGCAGGUGAAGCGGAGAAUCGAUUCGAUCUGGCGAAGCUACGUGAUCAGCAAAGCGGAAAUAAUGCACGGAAGUCGUGUGACGAUUCUUAUUCUGUGCACGAUGAUGAAUUGUCUGAGAUUGGCCUCAUCCUCACCCACUUCGACGAGCGUGAAGCUCGGUGACGACUGCAACCAAGAUCGGGAGUGUGAGAUCGGCAUCGCUAAUAGCCAUUGUCACUUGGGUUAUUGCCGGUGUCAGCCUUUCUUCGCUGGCUACAAUGGAACCCAUUGUCUCGAAUCAACUCUACUGGGUAACGAUUGUCUCGUGAAGGAACAAUGCUCUUUAAAAGUGGCGAACAGCAGCUGUCUCGAGAGUGUAUGCAGAUGCGAGGAGGGACACUUACAAUUUCGCAGACAUACUUGUCUAGGACCGGCUAAACUCGGUGAGGUAUGUUACGAGCACGCUCAUUGCCGUCUCUGGGAUCCCGAAUCUCAUUGCGAUUUUCUCAUUCCGGAUUUAUUCGGUCGCUGCCAAUGUACCGCUCCGAUGCGUCGCGAAGGUGACGUAUGUCGACUUGAUAGUCUCGUGAGACCUGCACCGUUUCCGGAGCAUCUGCCUCCUACUCAGGAGCCGAUAGUAGAGGACGUCACUGAGAUCGAACGCAAUAAGGAAAUUAUCACCGAAGGACAAAAAAGCGAAGGAGAACAAGAUACAGGCGUUCAGAUAUCUUGGUUAAAGAACGCAUCGAUGCUUCUAUCGACGGAACCUCCUAGUCAAUUAAUACCGGUAAAUUUGGUGACAAGACCGUCAUCGAAUUUAAGACCUGGAUCCAACAAUCGUCCCGGACCAAACGAGCGUCCGGAUGAUGAUGAUGAUACUGUCAUUAUCGAUGCGGAAGUUACCGAAAUCGCUUAUGUUACGACGACCUCGACAACUUCUGCGCCAAUAAAGACAGACCGUCAUGAGAGUACGAUAAUGACGGCAAUCAGCUUGGGGCUGCCGUGCGUUGCCGAUUUGGAAUGCCGUAUGGCUGAUCAAAUGUCACGAUGCAUCGGCGGCGUAUGCGAUUGCAGUUUUUCGACGAACAGCAGUUGCAACGCGCGGCGGACUGGCUGUGCACCGGGCACGUUUCAGUGCCGGUCAUCCGGAAGCUGUAUCAGCUGGUUCUUCGUCUGCGAUGGCCGCACCGAUUGCGCAGACGGUUCUGAUGAAGAGUGUACCGGUCUUCGUUGCCCGACGCAAGCAUUCAGAUGUAACGACAGUAACGUCUGUAUAUCAAGAUCCGGACUAUGCGACGGCAAUCGCGAUUGUCCUCGUGGCGAGGAUGAGAUUGGUUGCAACAAUCGGCGAAAAUGUCCCGAAGGUACGUUCAGAUGCAACAAUGGUCAGUGUUUGCCAGCAUAUGAAUUUUGCAACGCAGUAGUUUCCUGUAGGGACGGCAGCGAUGAACCCAAGGGAGCAUGCAGAACGCGCAAUCGGGGUCGAAUUACCGCAAGAUAUUGUCCGUUCAGAUGCGACAAUGGAAGAUGUCGUUCUGAUGCGAUAACUUGUAGCGGUCGAGAUGGAUGUGGCGAUGGUUCCGAUGAGAAACGCUGUAACGUCUGCAGAUGCGGAACAAUGAUCUAAUCUCGACCGGCCGAUCUUUUCGCCACAUCGUCCGACGAUAG